CGCAGGCGCAGUGCGGGCUUCAUCCCGCCGCCGGCGCCGCAGCCGCAGCCGCCGCCGCCGCCGCCCGCGCUGCACCACAGGCUAGAGACAGACAGGGCCGGGAAGAGCCGGAGACUGAGGAGGAGGUGGAGGCGGCGGCGGAGGCGGGGCGACUCCGGUGACCGGGAGCGCCGCAGACUGGCAGCUGCGGCGACUCCCCCCUUUGUGUCUGGUCUGCUCGGAGCCACUGGAAGUGCCUCCCGGAGGGACGCAGGGUGUCUCGCUGCCUCACUGCCCACCCCCUUCCCCGGCUACCUUCAUCCGCCCUCCCGCCGCCCCCCGCCCUCGGUCCGCGACGCCCGAGCUCCGCCCGGAGCCCAGAGCUGCGGGAGAACGAGGCGGCGGCGGCGGCGGCAGCGGCUUCCUCGGGGGGUUGUGAUUCGCUCACAAGAGCCAUUGACGGGAGAAGACGAGGCUUUCAUGGUGGAAUUUACCUCAGGCAAGAUCGAGCGGCAGGAAUAAAAAGCGAGGAAGGGAAGGGAGCGCCGCCGGGAGGGCUAGAAGGGGCAGCCUCUCACACCCCCUCCGCCCGCCGUCUCGGGGAGCCCGGGCCGGGGCCGCGACCCCUCCCCUCCCCCGCUCCUACUUCUCCUCAGCCUUCGCCAGGGCCUCCCCAACCCUCUCACGGUUGUUCUGCGAAGGCGUGGGGACUGUGAGCUUGUCCAUGGAGGCAGGCACCUUUUUUGAUCCAGCCAAGGAAGAGGAUUUGUUGUUUUCGAAAUCAGAGUGAAGGAAGCACCGAAGCGAAACUUAAAGAAUCCUGCCUUCCCGGAGCCGCGGACGAUGCGACUCGGGCUGCCGGGCGCCGCCGCCGCCGCCCGCCCGGCUUCGUCCUUCCCGGCAGUCGGGAACUAGUUCUGACCCUCGCCCCCCGACCCCGGAUCGAAUCCCCGCCCUCCGCACCCUGGAUAUGUUUUCUCCCAGACCUGGAUAUUUUUUUGAUAUCGUGAAACUACGAGGGAAAUAAUUUGGGGGAUUUCUUCUUGGCUCCCUGCUUUCCCCACAGACAUGCCUUGCGUUUGGAGGGCCGCGGCACCCCGUCCGAGGCGAAGGAACCCCCCCAGCCGCGAGGGAGAGAAAUGAAGGGAAUUUCUGCAGCGGCAUGAAAGCUCUGCAGCUAGGUCCUCUCAUCUGCCAUUUGUCCUUUCAAACUGUAUUGUGAUACGGGCAGGAUCAGUCCACGGGAGAGAAGACGAGCCUCCCGGCUGUUUCUCCGCCGGUCUACUUCCCAUGUUUCUUUCUUUGCUCUCCUGCUUCUUGGCUGGCCCAGGGAUGACUUCCUCGCUGCAGCGGCCCUGGCGGGUGCCCUGGCUACCAUGGACCAUCCUGCUGGUCAGCACUGCGGCCGCUUCGCAGAAUCAAGAACGGCUAUGUGCAUUUAAAGAUCCAUAUCAGCAAGACCUUGGGAUAGGUGAGAGUAGAAUCUCUCAUGAAAAUGGGACAAUAUUAUGCUCAAAAGGUAGCACCUGCUAUGGCCUUUGGGAGAAAUCAAAAGGGGACAUAAAUCUUGUAAAACAAGGAUGUUGGUCUCACAUUGGAGAUCCCCAAGAGUGUCACUAUGAAGAAUGUGUAGUAACUACCACUCCUCCCUCAAUUCAGAAUGGAACAUACCGUUUCUGCUGUUGUAGCACAGAUUUAUGUAAUGUCAACUUUACUGAGAAUUUUCCACCUCCUGACACAACACCACUCAGUCCACCUCAUUCAUUUAACCGAGAUGAGACAAUAAUCAUUGCUUUGGCAUCAGUCUCUGUAUUAGCUGUUUUGAUAGUUGCCUUAUGCUUUGGAUACAGAAUGUUGACAGGAGACCGUAAACAAGGUCUUCACAGUAUGAACAUGAUGGAGGCAGCAGCAUCCGAACCCUCUCUUGACCUAGAUAAUCUGAAACUGUUGGAGCUGAUUGGCCGAGGUCGAUAUGGAGCAGUAUAUAAAGGCUCCUUGGAUGAGCGUCCAGUUGCUGUAAAAGUAUUUUCCUUUGCAAACCGUCAGAAUUUUAUCAACGAAAAGAACAUUUAUAGAGUGCCUUUGAUGGAACAUGACAACAUUGCCCGCUUUAUAGUUGGAGAUGAGAGAGUCACUGCAGAUGGACGCAUGGAAUAUUUGCUUGUGAUGGAGUAUUAUCCCAAUGGAUCUUUGUGCAAGUAUUUAAGUCUCCACACAAGUGACUGGGUAAGCUCAUGCCGUCUUGCUCAUUCUGUUACUAGAGGACUGGCUUAUCUUCACACAGAAUUACCACGAGGAGAUCAUUAUAAACCUGCAAUUUCCCAUCGAGAUUUAAACAGCAGAAAUGUCCUAGUGAAAAAUGAUGGAACCUGUGUUAUUAGUGACUUUGGAUUGUCCAUGAGGCUGACUGGAAAUAGACUGGUGCGCCCAGGGGAGGAAGAUAAUGCAGCCAUUAGCGAGGUUGGCACUAUCAGAUAUAUGGCACCAGAAGUGCUAGAAGGAGCUGUGAACUUGAGGGACUGUGAAUCAGCUUUGAAACAAGUAGACAUGUAUGCUCUUGGACUAAUCUAUUGGGAGAUAUUUAUGAGAUGUACAGACCUCUUCCCAGGGGAAUCCGUACCAGAGUACCAGAUGGCUUUUCAGACAGAAGUUGGAAACCAUCCCACUUUUGAGGAUAUGCAGGUUCUUGUGUCUAGGGAAAAACAGAGACCCAAGUUCCCAGAAGCCUGGAAAGAAAAUAGCCUGGCAGUGAGGUCACUCAAGGAGACAAUUGAAGACUGUUGGGACCAGGAUGCAGAGGCUCGGCUUACUGCACAGUGUGCUGAGGAAAGGAUGGCUGAACUUAUGAUGAUUUGGGAAAGAAACAAAUCUGUGAGCCCAACAGUCAAUCCAAUGUCUACUGCUAUGCAGAAUGAACGCAACCUGUCACAUAAUAGGCGUGUGCCAAAAAUUGGUCCUUAUCCAGAUUAUUCUUCCUCCUCAUACAUUGAAGACUCUAUCCAUCAUACUGACAGCAUCGUGAAGAAUAUUUCCUCUGAGCAUUCUAUGUCCAGCACACCUUUGACUAUAGGGGAAAAAAACCGAAAUUCAAUUAACUAUGAACGACAGCAAGCACAAGCUCGAAUCCCCAGCCCUGAAACAAGUGUCACCAGCCUCUCCACCAACACAACAACCACAAACACCACAGGCCUCACGCCAAGUACUGGCAUGACUACUAUAUCUGAGAUGCCAUACCCAGAUGAAACAAAUCUGCAUACCACAAAUGUUGCACAGUCAAUUGGGCCAACCCCUGUCUGCUUACAGCUGACAGAAGAAGACUUGGAGACCAACAAGCUAGACCCAAAAGAAGUUGAUAAGAACCUCAAGGAAAGCUCUGAUGAGAAUCUCAUGGAGCACUCUCUUAAACAGUUCAGUGGCCCAGACCCACUGAGCACUACUAGUUCUAGCUUGCUUUACCCACUCAUAAAACUUGCAGUAGAAGCAACUGGACAGCAGGAUUUCACACAGGCUGCAAAUGGCCAAGCAUGUUUGAUUCCUGAUGUUCUGCCUACUCAGAUCUAUCCUCUCCCCAAGCAGCAGAACCUUCCCAAGAGACCUACUAGUUUGCCUUUGAACACCAAAAAUUCAACAAAAGAGCCCCGGCUAAAAUUUGGCAGCAAGCACAAAUCAAACUUGAAACAAGUUGAAACUGGAGUUGCCAAGAUGAAUACAAUCAAUGCAGCAGAACCUCAUGUGGUGACAGUCACCAUGAAUGGUGUGGCAGGUAGAAACCACAGUGUUAACUCCCAUGCUGCCACAACCCAAUAUGCCAAUGGGACAGUACUAUCUGGCCAAACAACCAACAUAGUGACACAUAGGGCCCAAGAAAUGUUGCAGAAUCAGUUUAUCGGUGAGGACACCCGGCUGAAUAUUAAUUCCAGUCCUGAUGAGCAUGAGCCUUUACUGAGACGAGAGCAACAAGCUGGCCAUGAUGAAGGUGUUCUGGAUCGUCUUGUGGACAGGAGGGAACGGCCACUAGAAGGUGGCCGAACUAAUUCCAAUAACAACAACAGCAAUCCAUGUUCAGAACAAGAUGUUCUUACACAGGGUGUUCCAAGCACAGCAGCAGAUCCUGGGCCAUCAAAGCCCAGAAGAGCACAGAGGCCUAAUUCUCUGGAUCUUUCAGCCACAAAUGUCCUGGAUGGCAGCAGUAUACAGAUAGGUGAGUCAACACAAGAUGGCAAAUCAGGAUCAGGUGAAAAGAUCAAGAAACGUGUGAAAACUCCCUAUUCUCUUAAGCGGUGGCGCCCCUCCACCUGGGUCAUCUCCACUGAAUCACUGGACUGUGAAGUCAACAAUAAUGGCAGUAACAGGGCAGUUCAUUCCAAAUCCAGCACUGCUGUUUACCUUGCAGAAGGAGGCACUGCCACAACCAUGGUGUCUAAAGAUAUAGGAAUGAACUGUCUGUGAAAUAUUUUCAAGCCUAUGGAGUGAAAUUAUUUUUUGCAUCAUUUAAACAUGCAGAAGAUGUUUAAAAAUAAAAAAAAAAAACUGCUUUAUCCUCCUGUCAGCACCCCCUCCCACCCCUGCAACAAGGACUUGCUUUAAAUAGAUUUCAGCUAUGCAGAAAAAUUUAGCUUAUGCUUCCAUAUUUUUAAAUUUUGUUUUUUAAGUUUUGCACUUUUGUUUAGUCUCGCUAAAGUUAUAUUUGUCUGUUAUGACCACAGAGUUAUAUGUGUGUGUAUCAAAAGUGGUCUCAAAAUAUUUUUUUAAGAAAAAAAAGCAAAAACAAUGUAUUGCUGAUAAUCAGUUUGGACCAGUUUCUUAAGGUCAUUAAAACAGAAGCAAAUUAAGACAGGUUUGACUGCAGUGGUGUCUGGUAUCCAUGUUUUAUUUCUGGGCACAAGCUAGUUUUUAUGUUGAUACGUUCCUGAACAUAUUAUCUUGUUGGACAUCUUUUCUCUUGUGUUUUGUUUGAAUGUGCAAUAGUUUAUAGGCCACAAAUAAGGUUUCUUGUAAGCUCUCUUCCUAACAGGGCACAUAUUCUUCCAUAAUAUAAACACUUUUCUGCCCCAUCUCCCAUACUUUUGAAGGUCAGUUCUAUAACAGUGAAUUUUGCACAGGAGAAGCAGCUACCUGAUUUCUUACUUUCUCUCUCCUUAUCAUGGAGAAUACAGAAACAUUGUCUGAAAGGGCUCUAAAGAAGGAACUACCAAAACCUGAUUUGAAAUGCCAUUUCUUUUAACCUUCCAAAUCCUAAAUGUUUCCUUCCAGGCAUUUUAAUAAACUUAUUUGCUUCUGGUUUUGGGAGUUCAUAAGAGAAUAGAACAAAAUGCAGGACAUCAAAUAUUAGCCAUUUCCCGUUUUAUUUUAUUUUUCUAUGUAUGUUCAUGUUCCAUGUUCAUUUAUUUAAGAAAUACAUUUUUAUUGGUAAGCUUAUAGAGCUAUACUUACGGAAUUUUUAAGUAGGUAAAUAAAUGGUUAAGACAAAAUAGUGUUAUAGCCUUCGUUCUCUGAAUAGGCCAUCUUUGAGUCAUAAAAUUACACUUACUGUCUAUUGUAACUUCAGAAGUAAUUUAUAGUUCUGAACCUAUAGUAUCUUUUACCCUGUUCCCAAGCAAAGACUGGUGACUUUAUCUGAAAAUGAUUCCUCUUCCCAUGACCUAAAACACUGUGAGGAAAAAUCAUUCAAGUGGCAUACCAAGCAAGUCCCUAUGAAGGAAGGGCUGCUAUCAAACCUUUUUUGAGCAGACUGAGACUAAACUUCUCUCUUUUCAAAAUUGUGUGUUAUCUUCCUUAAUCCUAUUUUCAUAAUUUUUCCUUUUGCCAGUUUUUCACAUUAUCUUUGAUAUGUGAGCAACAAUUAUUAUUUACAUUAGAGUAUACCUUUUAGUAAUAACAUGACUUGAAAUCAUAUUAUUUUUAAAAGCCCUUUGCUUCUUUCAUUACUUAUAAUCUUCUCUAAAACAACCUCUGCAUGUUUUUUUUAAAUAAAGCACUUUCUGUCAAAUAAUGGACUUUUUUCUAAAGAGAAAUUAUUUUCUAUUAAUUUGCAAACUGAUGAUUUUACUUUUUUUACUUUUUUUUCAAUUAUCAGAGUACUUAGUAAAUGUUAUAUAGUUUAGUUCUAAGAUAGUUCCAGGGAUUAAAAGGUUAAGAGGAAAACACAAAUCACCAAAUUUCUGAUUUAUGUUUUUAUCUCUUGAACAAUAUUUUCUCACUCAUAUUCCUCUAUCUUAUCACUCAGCUAAAGACAGCCUAAAUUUCCCAAUUUUCUGUCCAAAAUAUUUGUGAUUUACUUGUAUAUAAGGCUUCUCAUUUGCCAUGUGCUGUGAUCUUACAAGUUAGAUGUUACUAUACCUACCAUUUAUUCAGCUGGAUUGCUGAACACAGUUCUGGAUUCAUAGAAUUAAGAGUAUCUUGUUAGUGCCCAGGAUUUCCACGUUUUGUGUUUUAUUGGCCCUUCUCUUGAUUCAGCCCCUUAAUCGAUUUUCAGUCUUCUGGCACGUAAUUUUUUUCACAGUUAUUAUUCUUUUAUUAACGAAUUAUUUGUAUCUUUCCUAGUACAUUUUCACUUAGUUCUCUUGCCCUUAAAUAUCUUUAACAUGCAUUUUAGGAUAUUGUUUUCAAAUAUUUGUAGGACAACUUUGAAUCAAAAUAAAUUAUAUUCCUUCUCCAAUUUGAAGCAUUGAGGAUAAAUGACCAUUUGAGGUCUAACUGAUCUUUUCCUGCCAGAAGAGUUAUCUUACGUUCUGCUAUAUUUGUAUUUGGGCCAGUUGAUUGUAGGUUGUCCAACAUUUUUUAAUAUUGGGAAAAUUAUAAUAAAAUGCUUUAAAAAUUAAUAUGCCAGAUUAAAAUAACUGAAUAGUUUACUAUUUCAUUCAAACAUGUUUAAAACAAAUAAUUUCCUUUCACCAGUUUUUCUUAGUAAACUGAAAAAGUAGGAAAGGUGGAAAGUAUAUAUCAUUUUAAUAAAUUUUAAAUUGUAUAUCAGACUUAAAAUCUGUAAUAUACAAGCAAGCAAAAUUAUUUUAAAUGACUUAAUUACUUAUAUGCUAAUACUCAUCUGAUAAUAAAUGUUUCUUAAAGUUGACAUUUAACUGCUAUCACAAAAUUUUCUAUGUAGAAAAGUGGGGUCCUUUUGAAUAAAAGAUCAUUCAACUAAAAAUAUUAAAAUUUAUUUCAUUGGAUGGUAAUGUAACCUUAAAAGCAUCAUAAUAGGUAAAGUCUAAUAUUAGUUCCCUUAACAAAAUCCUAACUGUAUACCAGAAUUAGGUCACUGAAAGAACUUGAUUUGAAUUAUGUUUAGACAAAAACAAUUUAAUUGUAAAUUCUUAAAACUUUCUAAAUGCGUAAUUGGCAAAAAAAAAAAAAAAAAAAAAAAAACCACUGUUAACCAGUGUAGGAAGUUAUGAGAAGGUACAUACUGAAUGCUGAAGUAUAUAUAUGCUAUUUCUUUUAAACCUCAGAGUAACCAUAUGAGCAUUGUAAUCAAUAUUCCCAUUUUACAGAUGGGGAAACUGAAGCUAAGAGAAACUAAUAUGCCCAAGAUCCACAUCUAGUAAUAGACAAAGCUGGGAUUUCAGUCUAUGUCUACCUCUCUCCACAUCUCUUUCAUCCAUACCACACUGCCUACAUGCCAUAUGACAGGAUGUGUAAUGGGCUAACGUUUUUUUUUUAAAAUUCAGGCCAGGUGCGGUGGCUUACGCCUAUAAUCCCAGCACUUUGGGAGGCCGAGCCGGGUGGAUCACGAAGUCAGACGUUCAACACCAGCCUGGCCAAGAUGGUGAAACCCCGUCUCUAUUAAAAAUAUUUUAAAAAAAUUAGCCAAGCGUGGUGGUGGGCGCCUGUAGUCCCAGCUGCUCAGGAGGCUAAGGCAGGAGAAUCGCUUGAACCUGAGAGGCGGAGGUUGCAGUGAGCUGAGAUCGUGCCACUGCACUCAAGCCUAGGCGACGGAGCAAGACUCUGUCUCAAAAACAUAAAAAUUCCGUCACUAUACUCUGGCACAAUUGUCAUUUGUAUAUAAGCCAAACCACAUGAUUGGGAAGUUAGGCAAAUAUAAGAUACAUAGACAUAUCUAUGCUGAUUGUUGCUUGAGAAAUAAUUACUAAUUCAAGACAAAACUCAAUCCUGUAUCUCCCAUUAUGAAUCUUAAAAUCAUUUCACUUCACUCCUAACAUUCUUACAUUGCAGAACUAAUGGUAAAGUAAAUUUUAAGGAAAAAGUUAAGCUAGCUUUUGGGAACAGAGACCUUUCCCUAAAUUGAUUCCAUAGUAGAUUUGGGGGAAUUAAUUUAACAAAGAAUUUCAGUCUCAUCAAUCCUUUGAAUCCACCUUCAAAACUUCUGCUUUUAAUAACUUUAGAAAAUUUUCUGAUCCAUAGAACUGAGUAGGAUAUAGGAAGGAUACAAGGAUAUAAUGUCCUUUUUAUAAAGCAGUUUAGUAUAGCUUCUUUAUAUGUAUCCACUUGUUCCAGAAAAUGUGCAUUGGUUCUGAAUGUGAAAAUAUUUAAAGAGAGAAAGGAACACUCAAGUAAGUGUGGGCAUCAGUGGGAAUUAAUCACAAAACAUUGGCAAGUAUUUUUAUUUAAAUUACUUUCAAAUUUGACUUCUACAGCCAAAUGGAAUUGGUAGGCUGUAGCUUUUACACUGAAAUUUCCAGUCUUUGUAAGUGCCUCCUGAAAGUCAUUUAAAAUGGAAAAAUAUUUCAAUGAACUUUUCCUUUUUUCAUAUUUAUGGACAUGAAUAUUUUAUUGGAGAUCAUUAACUCCUAGAAUUUGAGAUUAUAUUUCUAUACAACAUUUUAUAAAGUUAUGUUGAACUUACUACCUGUUAUGUGCAGGUUAUUAUGUAAGUAUUCACAGAUUGCUUCAUAUAUUGCUUUAUCUUCCCAGCUAACUUCUUAAAGUUAAAAUCUGUACACACAUGUUGAUUAUCUAGACCAGUCAUUCUAGAAAUUGUAACACUCCCAGGCCGGGCGCGGUGGCUCACGCUUGUAAUCCCAGCACUUUGGGAGGCCGAGGCGGGCGGAUCACAAGGUCAGGAGAUCGAGACCACGGUGAAACCCCGUCUCUACUAAAAAUACAAAAAAUUAGCCGGGCGUGGUGGCGGGCGCCUGUAGUCCCAGCUACUCGGAGAGGCUGAGGCAGGAGAAUGGCGUGAACCCGGGAGGCGAAGCUUGCAGUGAGCCGAGAUCGCGCCACUGCACUCCAGCCUGGGUGACAGAGCGAGACUCCGUCUCAAAAAAAAAAAAAAAAGAAAUUGUAACACUCCCACAUAAACCCCAGAAGACUUUUUCAGAAUGGAGUGUUUCUAAAUAUACUGUUACUGGCAGUUUACUCUUCAGCAUAUAAGGUUGCAUUUUAACUUUUAGAUUAUGAACUGUGCAAACUUUACCCAAAACUACCUUGCAUGAUUCCCUCCUAAAUAUAUGGCUUAAUUAAGUAAAUCUGGCAAAUCACUGUUUGAGCUAGUUACAUAAAACUUGUUAUCAAGAGAAGGCUUUUCUACAAGUUUCCAGAUUAACAUAAAGAAAAGAGGGAAUCACAGGGCAUUUAAGUGCACCUUCCCAUUACUUUCCUUAAAUCACCUCAUAGUUAGGCUGGGCACGGUGGCUCACGCCUGUAAUCCCAGCACUUUGGGAGGCUGAGACAGUGGAUCACGAGGUCAGGAGACUGAGACCAUCCUGGCUAACACGAUGAAACCCCAUCUCUACUAAAAAUACAAAUAAUUAGCCAGGGAUGGUGGCACGCGCCUGUAGUCCCAGCUACUUGGGAGGCAGAGAUAGGAGAAUCGCUUGCACCCGGGAGGCGGAGGUUGCAGUGAGCCAAGAUCGCGCCAAUGCACUCCAGCCUGGGUGACAGAGAGAGACUCCAUCUCAAAAAAAAAAAAAAAAAAAAUCACCUCAUACUUUAUGUCUGACUUACUCCAAACCUCAGUUAUCUGAUUUGUAGUCUGUGUCAGGAAAGUUUUCUUCAUAUCUAUUCUGUCUCCCUCCUCUUUGAUUUUAAAUUUUUUUCUUGUACCCAGUAGGACCAAAAAGAGAGCAGUUGGUCAUCAUCCCCAAUAUUCUUAGUCUUCAGUAUGCUUCAGGCCUCUCAAUGAACACUUAAGUCUCAAUUCUUCAGACAAAAUUGCUUAAGCUCUUUCUCCUCAGUCCUAUUUUAAUGACUUUAUAUUUAAGAACAUAAAAUUAUAUUUUCUUUUAUAUUCAAGUUCAUUACUCCAGUUAAGUAAUAGUUUGAUAGUUUGAUAGAAUCGAGAGUUAAGAUGUUUCUAUUUGAAAGUGGAUUCAACCAUCAGACAACCAGCAAAUCGGCACUUAAUUUUUGUGUUAUCUAACAUUUUCUAUUGUGGAAUUUUAUGAUUUUAUAUUCUCAUUAGUUAUAACUAAAAAGUCAUGCAUACAGAAUUGUAUAUCAUUUUGCCAUUAAAAUUUUUUAACUUAUAUUGCAGCAAGCUUAGUUUUAUGAUUGAGCCACAACCUUUUACAUAUUUUUUUGUAUCAAAUAUUAAACACUAAAUGCAAGAUUAACUUUCAAAAGCAAACCCUACAUUAAUCAGGUAUUAUCUAUGGACAUUUUUGUAGACCACUUUUGAAAUACUAUUUUGCAACAUAGACUAUACAACUUUCAUUUAACUUUUAGGUGACUGAUUUGAGUGUGCAUAUAGAGAAAAACUUAGAAAUUUAUCUCAUGGCAGAUACAUUUGAAAGUACUUCAGAAGAAUUUAUGCUGUAUAUUAAAACUAGGCUCAAAAUAAAUCUCAUAUCUUUAAAAUUCCAAUUCUGUUAUUACUGUGAUGUUUGUAGUGUUACUAUUAAACAUGGUGAACAUACACAUUUUUAAAACAACUUGAAACCCAUUUUAAAAUCUGGGUAAGAGAGAAGGAAUCUUCAGAACAAAAUCACAUCAUUAGGGUGUCCAGUUUAUGAUUGAAUUUUUAAGCAAAUUACUGUAUUUGAAACUACAACUUGAUUUGGUUUUCAGUUUUAAAAGGCAACAUGUGGGUUUUAUCCAUUUUAUUUAUACCUUUAGAUUUCAGAAACAUCUUCAUGUUUUAGAUUCAUUCUACCGACAUCAUAUUACUUAAAAACUCAGGGCCCCUUUCAUCCCUUUGUACACUGAAAAAGUUCAAUUGGUAGCAAGUAAGCAAUUAGAUCCAGUUGAAUAUUUAAAGUGUUUGUUGCACAGUUCAUUUAAUGUUUCAUCUUAUUUGACUUUUUCACAUAGAUAUAAUAUCAGAUUUCAUUAAUCAUAAAAAGUUGCCCAGUUUUGUAAUUACUGAACAGAGGGAAUGACUCAACUAAUUGGCUACAUGUUGCAACAAAUUUAGGCCUUUAGAGUUGAAGCACUGACUUAAAACGACUUACAUUUCUGUUCUUUGGUCAAAUGACCAUACAUGAUGUGGGACAAAUUGUUUCAUUUUGUUUGUUUUUUAAUAAGGGAGCUUGGUAAAGUAGUUCCUGUCAGAUAGGAUUUUCUCAAGAGACAGUUUAACGUUAUAAAGCCUUCUAAAAGUGAACUAAAUAUUUUAUAACUUUAGUAAUAGCUUGGAUGGUUUUGAGAAAAUAACCUGUAUUUAUCACAUUGUCAAACAGAAUUUUUCUUUGAAUCAGACAAGUUCAAGCUCUAAAUUGAUAUGCUAUAUACUUAAAAUCCUAGGAAGUUAUCUGUAACCAGUCUCUUGUCUCAGGCUUUUCAUCUUGUUACCAAUCCUCGUAAGUACGUAAAGGAAACAUAUUUUUAAAGAAGCUUAACAGUAAGAAAAAAUUACUAAAAGAUGCAAUUCAAAGAUAGAUAGGUCCCAGUUUAACAUUGAAUUGCUUGACUUCUGUGGCUUUUCUUUUUCUGGCCACAUUUAUUUAUUUAAGCAAUUUUUGUAUGCCUUGUUAUUUCAUUUCCAUAGAGAUUAUAUUGUAUCAGUGUUUAUGUAAGCUGGAAUCAUCCUCAGUUUUUUGUUGAUAAUUUUUCAAAUAAAGAUACAUGGAUAAUUGUAAAAUACACUAACUCUUAGGGUGUUGUAGUAGCUGAAACAUGGAAAUGUGUAGCUGUCAUGCUUUUUCUGAAUGGACAGGAGAAACAUAAGCUACAGAGUAUUCACUUCUGAGGAUGCUUUUCUGGAAAAAGAAAGGCUAGAAAAUACUCGCACUUCCUCAGAACCCUCUUUCUUGUUAACGGGUAUCUUUUGUUGGUGUGUUUUGCUCUUACAUUACAGAUAGACUAUCAUAUAUGACUUUAUGAAUAAUUUCAGUUAUUUUGCUUUUGUAUAAGCUGUCUGAAGCCUUGCUAUGCUGUAUAAGUUGUGUUUGAUGGAUCAGUGUGAGUAUAAAAUAAAGCAAAUCACUUUUCUUUUGUAUUAUCUAUGGAUGCCACUAUGAAAGCUGACAUUAAGCCACUAAAGAGUUUUCUAUGAAUAAGUGUAAGUAAAUGCUUUGAUAUAUAUAAACCUAAAUAAAAAGAUUGUAUUGAUACAGAGACAUUGGAGAAGGAGAUUUUAAGGCAGUUCUUUAGGUUUAAAAAGGCUUGCUGUAAAAUGGUGCAUUAUUCCGUUUAUUAAAGAUCAUAUUAAUGACAAUA